UGAGAGAAGAAAGUCGUAUGUGAGUUUUUAUUUUGCUGUGCCGUGUUUUGAACAGGAUUAAAUUGUCGAAAAGUUUUGUUUCCCAUUGGGCAUCAAAUUUGAAAACGAAAAUUGAAGACACGAUUCCAUUUAAUAAGUUUUUUUUCUGUCCUUCUGCGUGUCGAUUUAUUGCGUCAUAGGGCCAUAACAAUCUCUUCCAGAAUCUCACCUUUUCCGUCAUAGGCUAUUUGAAAAUUGAAUAUUUUCGGUUCUGGUUAUGAUUGAAAAAAGAGCUGUGUUCAUUAAGAACUAACCAAACCAUCGAAAGAACUGCCGUAAAAGGCACUGAUAUCUGGAUAAUGGACGAUGACCGGGGAACUGAAGAUGGUAGCCUCCCGUAUGCGAAAAAGACUAAACUAACGGCGGACCAUGUACCAGCUGAGGCGUCCUCAAAUACGGUUCCAGUAUUUAUAGAAAGAGGCACCAAUGAGGAACAACUUUUGCCGUCGUCAUCAAACCCGAUGAACGAUGAAAAUAAAGAUAAGGUUAUCAAAAUGCGGACUAAAACGCCGGACAUAUCAGAAGAGCCAACUUUGCCAGAAAAACUCGAAGCUGCUGAACUGCUGGGGCAUGAUGAAUUCGAGGCUACUCCGGCCACUGUUUCUGAUGUCGACGCUAGCACCUGCACAGCAUCCGAGAUAACGGAACCAAAUAACUUCUCGGAAGGCAACGUAGAGCUCCCCACGGAACCAGUGGUCCAAGAAAGUGCUGAUGUCGAAAUAGGAGAACCUAAUGACAGUGGACCAAGAAGCAGAAACCGAUUCCGUGGACGCAACUACCGUCUUCGAUCUGAUUCUUCUGAAUCCGAACACACGGGCAAUGCCGAUAAUGAUCUGGAAAUCAACAACGAGCGUGGUGCUGCAAGUGAUGAUGAGGGUGGAGACGAAAACAACGAAGAUCACGAUUUUAAUAGUGACAGUAGCUCGGAUACAUCUUCAGUGGAUUCCGAUGAUUCGGACUCAUCAAUUGGAGUUUCAGUAGACGACGAUGACGAUGAUAACGAUAGCAGUGAAAAUGGCUCGGAUAAUAAUGCUAACGAACAGGUGGAUGUACUAACUCUACCUUUUAUGCAAACUGCCAAUGUCAGGAAUACCUGGAACUAUUUUCGGGAAAUACAACUGCGAUCACAAGGUCUUUCGUAUCGCACAAAAGCAUCCCUCGGAGGCAUGCGGUACAAUUCUAACCAGUUUCAGUCUCGUGCCUAUGGGUCAAAACAUGUCGUAGAACGGCUAACUAUGCUGCAUCGUCUCAACAAACACGGCGGCUGUGUAAAUAGUGUAAACUUCAAUUCUUCCGGUAUGCUGCUGGCCAGUGGAUCAGAUGAUCUGAAAAUUAAUUUGUGGAAUUGGCAAACCAACAAACUGGUGCAUUCGAUCGCUAGUGGACAUAAAAUGAACGUGUUCCAGACGAAAUUUGUUGAAGCCAGUGGGUAUCACAACGAAAUUGAGAUCAUUUCCACCGGAAGAGAUGGUCAGGUCCGCCAGACGCGUGUGGGACCAGCAGGGGACGCUAAGCGUGCGGUUCUUUUCAAGCAAUGUCAGCCAAUUCACAAGGUUACUAUUCCAACCUGGUCUCAGUACGAAGUGCUAACGGCAUGUGAGGAUGGUUUCGUGAAAAGCUACGAUUUACGCGACAAUGUAGUCAAAAAGGUUACUAAUACAAAGAGGCGGUUGUACAGCAUUUCGACACACCCACUGGACACCGAGUUUUGCGUGUCCGGCAAUGAUGAAUCCGUCCGAGUGUAUGAUCGUCGUAAUUCAUCGAAACCGAUGAAGUACCAUUUUGCAGCUCAUACGAAGAACUCUAAGCAUAGGUUCACGGUGACUUGUGCGGUGUACAAUAAUUUUGGAACUGAAAUACUGGCUAGCUACAGUGACGAGGAUAUAUUCCUGUUCGACAACGUAAAUCACGAAGAUGGAAAACACUUACAUAAAUACAGCGGUCACUGCAAUCGUAAAACCAUCAAAGGAGUCAAUUUCUUUGGACCCCGGUCUGAGUUCGUCGUUAGUGGCAGCGAUUGUGGAAACAUUUUCUUCUGGGACAAAAAUAGUGAAAUCAUUGUAAACUGGAUGAAGGGAGAUGACGCUGGAGUGGUGAACUGUUUGGAACCUCAUCCAGAGUUUCCCAUACUGGCAACUUCUGGGUUGGAUCACGAUAUAAAGAUAUGGGUUCCCAAAGGUGCUGAAGCUGAGCAAGAGCCGCCUAUAUUUUCACUAGAUUCAUUGAAAAAGUGUGUCCGUCGCAACCUGAACGUUCGCCAGGCGAGUCGUUUGUUUAGUGAAGACCGCAUUCUGGAUUUUCUCAUGUUUCGGCAGGGGAUGAUUGGUGGUCGGUUGCGGCACCACUUUUCCUCGGACAGCGAAGAACAAGCGGAUGGCGAUGGUAGCGGAGAGGGCGGCGAUGGCGCCGCUGAGGUUGAAACUAGUGAGGAGGACGAGGAUAACACUAUGAGCUUGCGGUGUUUUCCGUCUUAAAUUACCUCUCGUUUGAUUUACUUCUGAUUCAUAACACAAUAGGCGACCGUGUUGAACGAAGUAAAAAGCAAAACUAUGUGAUUUUAUCGAAAAAAAAUUCGAGAGUAGCCAGUUAGGAACUUUCUCUGUAGAAUAAAACUGAUUCAUUUGGAUAUCGAGAUCGCAAUUGAAGAUCGUUUUUGGUCCAGGAUAAGUUUCCGGAAUGAUUAGAACGCCCGGAUUGUUACAUAUAUUUCAGUUCUAAAAAUCAAACCCGUCUUGUUGAACUCUUAUUUUAUCUUCGGGUAAUUAUUAUUUUAACUGAUUAUUAUUUAAACUCCCAUAGAAAGUAACGGGUAUUUAUUCAAGAAUUGGCAGCAAUAAUCCAGAAAUAUUUUGAUUAAAUGAAAUGCAUUCAGGAAAAAAUAGAAUAAAAUAA